AUGCUUCAUUUUGAAAACCAAAGACAAUUUAGCUCCAAAACUGAUGAAGGCAUCUUCUUGGGGUACUUUACAUCUAGUAAAGCAUAUAGAGCCUUUAAUAAGAGAACCUUAGUUGCUGAGAAGUCAAUGCAUGUUAUAUUUGAUGAAGCUAACCCCUUUGGUCCUAGAAAGGAUGUUUGUUGUGAUGAUGAUGUUGUAGGUAAUCUUGAUGAGUUGACUCUUAAAGAUCCUCAAUCUAGUGGAAUUCAAGAUCAACGCAUGGAAGAUCCCUUGAAGGACUUGGGAGUUGUUCAAGUUGAGCUUCAAGAGCAACAAGAACCUAGGAGCAUAGAUGAGGCCAUUAAUGAUGAGACUUGGGUACUUGCAAUGCAAGAGAAGCUCAAUCAAUUUGAAAGAAAUAAGCUAUCUUACCGCAUUUAUAUUUUCUUGAUCCUUUUGAAUUUCACGCGUACGUGCUUUCUGAAGGUGGCGAAUCCACGAGACAAAGUUAGUGAGAAAAGAGAUGGUGGUGUUGAUGAAAACGAAUGGAUUUUUCAUAAUAAUCCAAUGCUUUCUGGGUUGUGUAGGGAGAGAGAGAUGUCGGCUAUGGUUUCUGCUUUGACCCAUGUAGUUACUGGAGAGGUGCCUAAUUCUGCUGAAUAUUCUCUUCUGACAUUAUUAAACGAAGGUAAUUGUUCAAGUUCUUCAGAUGCUGGAGCUGCAGGAGGAGCAAAGAGACCAAGAGAAGAAGAGGGAUGUCAAGAGUUCACAAGGCUUUCUAGACCAUUUGCUGAUGAAUUAUCACAUGGAUCAAGAGCUAAAGAGGGUUCAAAAAUUGCCGCCGCCAUCGACAUAAUCCCACCAGCAGAAACCACAUUCACUACCGUAUAUGAGCACAACGAGACCAUGAGAGAAGAGCCAAGAAGAAAAUAUAGAGGAGUCAGGCAACGGCCAUGGGGAAAAUGGGCAGCUGAAAUAAGAGAUCCAUUCAAGGCUGCUAGAGUUUGGCUAGGGACUUUUGACACUGCUGAGGCUGCAGCAAGAGCUUAUGAUGAAGCUGCACUCAGAUUCAGAGGCAGCAAGGCUAAACUAAACUUCCCGGAAAACGUCAAGCUCCGACCAUCCACCCCCAAUCCGAUGACAACCCAGUUGACAAUUUCUGAUUCUCCAAAUACCCUUGUGUCCGUUCCUACAUCUACUCAACCAACUGUCAACUCUCAAGGUUCUAUUUCAGGGGACUUGGUGAACCACCCUCAAUUGGUAUUGGGUAUCGGUGGUUAUCAAACACAACCCAUGAGUCUAUAUGAUCAAAUGGUUUUAUCAUCUUCAACAGCAUCUCAUCAUUUUCAAUCUUCUACUUUUGCUGGUUCUACUUUUUCUCCAACUCCACAAUCUUCGUCCCUUCCUCUGCUUUUUCCAGCUCCACCGCACGGGGGCUUGAGGACGGCCACCAGCCAUGGUGCAGAUAUUUUGGGGCUAUCGUGGUCGGAUAGCAGUCAUUAUACUCCUUCUUCUCGAUGAUAUAUUCAUACAUUUGAAAUAUGUUUUUGCUAGGCUAUUAUAUGCAUACCAUAUUUUUCACCAGCAUUUGGCAGGUCAUUAGCUUCUUGUUGUAGUCAUUAUUAUUUGUGAUUAUUGAAUUUAGUAGGGUUUAGGACAUAUAUUGUUAUCCCAAAUAUUAUUUAUUCAAAAUGGGAAUACACAUACAUAUAUACACCGAUUUUCAAUUGGUUAAAUUUAAAUGGCUGCAGAUAAUGAGUUCAUGUAA